AUGUCGCGGUCGAAUGUGAGUUUGAAAGAAAAAAUUGCAAUCAUAAACGCUAGUGAGGAAAACCAUUUGUCCGCGCGAGCAUUAGCCAAAAGGUUCAAAAUUGGAAAAACCCAGGCUGCGCACAUUGUUAAAAAUAAAGAAGAUAUCCGAGCGAAAUGGAUCGAUGGAAACAAUAGUCAAAGCAAAAGGUCCUUUAUGAAAGUAGAUGGAAAAAAAAUUGACGAGUUGUGUUACGAGUGGUUGUGUAGGGCCCGAAGCCAAAAUGUUCCAAUAUCCGGGCCAAUAACACUAGUCUACAAGGAAAAGUAUCCGAAAUAAUUUAAACUAAUAUCUGCUUCUC